AUGGGCUGCAGUGCCAGCCAGCCUCGGGGAUCUGUGACAAGACGCCUCGAGGGCCUUUCCGCCUCGGCUGCACGCGAGCUUUUGCUUCGAGAGCUUCGACAAGGCUUAGCCGCCGAUGAGCCAGACUCCUCCGGAGAGCUGCCUCUGGCAGCUGUGCUCCGACUUGAUCAACCCUGCCCCGCUCUGGAAGUGCUUCUAAAAGCAGGGGCUUCUGCGAGCGACUCACACAUUGCCGAUGCACUCUUCGCACGACUACGGCUUCAACGAUCGGCGAAUAGAAACACAGUCCAGCUUCUGUUGGAGAGUGGUCUGGAUGCCAACUCGGCGGACAACAGCCCUGGGUGCUCCCGUGACACUCUGCUCGUUGCUUCGGUCCGGGCAGGAGAGGAUGGGUUGGUGGAGGACCUUUUGGCUGCCGGGGCAGAUGUAAAUGGAGCAGAUCAGCAUGGCAAUACAGCACUACACGUCGCUGCGGCCAAAGCCAGCGAGGCUGUCGCAGAGCGACUGCUCCGAGGAGGUGCAAGUGCUACGGUGAAAAACGCAGAUGGGCAUUCGGCAGUAUUGUCGGCCCGCCUCGGGGCAAUUGCGCCGGCACUACGGCUUUCCGCAGCAGGAGGAUGGGCCUCCAAAGAGGUCUUGUCAGCCAAGGUUGCUGGAAAGCUGGACGCUCGCGUUUUGGACGUCGGGGAGGAGGUUUGGAGAUGUCCAAUAUCCAAAGAGUGCUGGACAGGGUCUGCUUCUCCUCCAACAGCACCAAGGAACCACCAGGUGGCAGCGAUGUUGGCGCAAGCAGCUGGAGAUGCGUACAGCCUGGCAGAUGCCGUCGAAGGGGCAUGGCUCGCUGGGCAGGUUCUUUGUCAGAUGUCGAUGUCGUUGACUUCAGAUCUGCUGCGCAGCGAGAAGUCUGAUUUGUCACGACAGAAAUCAACAAGGGAGCGAUCAUGGCGGCAAGCUCUUGAAGAGAAUAUCCCCAUUCUGUACUGGCUUCCGCGCUACCCUCUCGAGAACUUGCAGCCGGACUUUGCUGGUUCGAUCACACUGGGAUGCAUUCUCAUAGGCCAAUCUCUGGCACAUGCAAACUUGUGCAUGGUGAACUUGAUCAAUGGCCCUUACAGCUGCAUGCUUCCGCCAAUCGUUUACGCCUUCUUCGGCACCUGUGUACAUGCCUCUGUGGGCACUGGCGGACUGGUGAGCCUGUUGACCGGCGAGGUCUUGGCACCACUGGGGGACCUCGAGGAGCGUACGAAAGGGGGAAAGCUUCGAGUCGAGUGCCAGAGUCAGACUCCAGCCAUGGCGCAGUGCGCAAUUUGCCUGGACGUUUGCUGCGGCGACGUGUCAAGCUUGACUUGUGGGCACCGCUUGUCCGACACUCAGAGACUCCCCGGGACUCAGCAGCUCUUCACAGAUCUCGUGGGGGUAGUCCAAGGCACAAAGCCUGCCUGCUUGAGCUGCGUCGGCAUGGCGUGA